CCCGCCCCCGCUCCGCCCCUUCCCCCCUCGUCCCUUGCGCCUCCUUCUCUCUCCCCCUGCCGCUUCGGAUUUCCCCCUCUUUCCUUCCGGACUGCCAGCCAUGUGGCCAUUUUCGAGCAAGCCGGCCGCCGAGGACACUCCUGUGCCCGGUGCACACACUGGGCAGUCGACUGCUAGCAGCCCGGUCGCCGAGCAGCCGGUUCCCGCUGGCGAUGCUGCCGCGCCGAUGGUGGCCGAGCAGUCGGUCGCCGCAUCCGCCAGUGAGAUGGCUCAGCACACCGAGACCCUGAUGCAGCAGCUCACCAAGAUGGCAGAGAGUGAAUCCUCGCAGUCUCUCUCGUGCAAGCACUAUUUCGAAAUGUUUUUCUAUUGCAACAAGUCAUAUCACAAGUGGAAGAUGUACUACGUCCAUGGUGGUUUGACAAACUGUGACAAGGAGUGGGAUCUCGUGAAGAGUUGUUUCAUGGUGAAGUACAACCACCGCGAGAAUCAGCUGGAUCGGUGGAAUGAAGUGCUGGCUGAGAAGCAGAAGGAUGUUGUGGUCGACACACAUCCUCUGACUAUGCGGGACUCCCCGCCGGCGGACUUCCCCCCUCUCAAUCCCCCGGCCUACUGCGAGCGUGCCCACUACUAGUUCCAUUGUGUGGAUCCCACAUUCUCGAGCUCCUCCUCCCUGUCUCUGUCUCUCUCCCUCUCACAACCUGCUCAAAAUUUAUAGACUCAAAAGCAUCACA